AUGUUCCAGUCCUCGAGUUUUAACAGCCCUCCUUACGGAUACCAGAGUCCGAGUUCGAAUGUCCCUAAACGUGGCUACCCUUCAACGUUCGGUACGGAGUCGAGUUAUCCCGGCGCUCAAGCCCCUUCAUACCAGAACAAUCCAUCUCAGUUUGGAUCAUCUUCAGGGGGGUACCCGGGAGGCCCACCGCCACCGCCAGGCGAAUAUGCGGGUGGACCACCUCCCCCACAAGGUGGGUAUCCAGGUGGACCACCUCCCCCAGAAAGUGGCUAUCCAGGUGGACCACCUCCCCAACAAAGUGGCUACCCAGGCGGACCACCCCCAGCACAAGGUGGUUAUAUAGGAGGCCCCCCACCUCCUCAAGGAGGAUAUCCUGGUGAAGCACAGCCAUCAUAUGCAGUUCCGUCAGGUGGAUAUGAAGGAGGCCCACCUCCUAGAGGUGGGUAUCAACCGAAAAGUGGACCAUCCCAAAACGGAUACUCAAAUGGUCAACCUCCCCAACCGGCUUAUCAGAACGGAGCAUCUCAAAACAGUCCAGCUCUCAGCAGCUACCAAAGUGCACCCCCAUCUGGCGGCUACCCCGGACCACAGGCUCCAAGGGGGUUCCCGUCAACGUACCAAGGAGGGCCACAGAACACAUAUCCCGAGGAAUCACCAAGGGGGUACGCCCCGCGGAACUAUCCCCCAUCAAGUGGAUUCCCAUCGAGAUUUCCGACGAAACGGUAUCGUGGACAGGUGCAAUACUUUACCGCCCCACCCCCGGAUCCUGGGCAGGGGCUGAUGCCGCUCCCGAGACGCCCAUACAUCCCCCGGGGUACUCCUGGUCAACAACAACAGCCGCAACAACAACAGCAGCAGCAACAGCAAGCUUUCGUCCCCAUGCCGAGUACCACAACGACACCUAUACCCACGUCAUCAACAACUACAACAGGUAAGUGGUCUCUGGGUUGUAAUUGUCAGAGUUGGGUCACGUCGUACCACGACGACCCGUCUACCCACGUCGUCAACAGCUACAACAGGUAA